AUGUCCGACGGUAACUCUUCCACUGGCCAGUCCUACCUUGACCAGGCCACCGGCCUGGCCCAGCGUGCUGCAGGCGCUGUCACUGGCAACUCUUCCACCGAGACCAAGGGCGAAGUCAAGCAAGAAGUCGGCCAAGCCAAAGACGAAGCCUCCCAUACAACCGCCAAGCUAGGCCCUUUCUCCGCUGACCCCAACACCGGCGCCGUCGCAAAGGACAACGAGAAGCGCUCCGACGGCUCCUGGGACCAAACCGUCGGCUCGGCCAAGGAAUCCGUCGGCAACAUGAUCGGCAACGAGAACCUCCGCAAGGCCGGCGAGCAGCAAAACGCCGCAGGCAAGGAACAGGAAGCCAAGGGCCAACUCAAGGACUGGGGUGAGGGAAUCCAGAACCGCGCCCAUGGAGCCCUUGGUGCCGUCGGUGCUGCUGUCGCUGGUGACCGUACCGAAGAGGAGAAGUACCGUGAUCAGCAUGAUGAGGGCAAGGUCCGUCAGCGCGGUGCUGAGGCUGAUAUGGCCGAGAAGGCUUAA